CUCCCCUCCUCCCUUCCUAUUCCCCCUCCCCCGUCUUUAUUUUCCGCUCGUCAAGAUGGCCGCGGUGAUCAAGGCAAUCAACGCGAAGAUCCGUUCCAACAAGGUUCUGGAUUAUGUCUGCUCAACACAUUUCUGGGGACCGGCCUCCAACUUCGGUAUCCCCAUCGCGGCGGUGAUGGACACCCAGAAGGAUCCUGAAAUCAUCUCUGGCCAGAUGACCGGUGCCCUGACCAUCUACUCCGCUACCUUCAUGCGCUACGCCCUCGCCGUCUCCCCCAAGAACUACCUCCUCUUCGCCUGCCACGCGGUCAACUGCGGCGCCCAGAUGACCCAGGGUUACCGUUACCUGAACUACUGGAACUGGGGAGGUCGCGAAGCUCAGCUCGCCGCUGCGGCCCAGCAGGGCAAAGAGGCCACCGAGGCCGGUGCAUAAGCAGCACGUUGUACAUCGCGCAUCGGACGUUUAUAAAUUCAAUGCAAAUGAAAACAAAAGAGCCAUCAUCCCAUCUAUUCCGGCCCUUACCAUCCGGCGUCGUUUAGGGAAGGGGGAGCCAGAACUCGAUGCUAGCCAGUCCCCUGUCAUUCCCGUUGUGACUGUAGUAGAGCUGCGCUUACCUACACCUUAUCUAUCUGCCCUUACCAUCCUACUUAUCUUACUUGGACAUCUUGCUUGCUUAGACAACGUUACAAAUCGGAUUGUAUAUUGG